UUCUCAUAGAGGAAUUUUCUUCACAAUCCACCUGUUCUUUAUUCGGAAAAAAACAUUUUCUAUCUAUAAAGAGAGCGUUUUUCCAGAUUGUCCCUUUAUUUAGAAGAAUCAUUUUUCAUUUAAAGAUCUUCGAAAAUUGUUUUCUCUCUUCGCUGGAGGAGAUAUUCGACGUCUAAAGAGAUCCAUGGACCAUCGAAUUUGAAGAUCCCGUGAAAUGUCUGCGAAGAAGACGAGAAGACCGUCGUCGCCGCGACGUUUCUUCGCGCGGCUCUACGGCCACUUGGAGGCGACCAAGAAAACGGAGGAUGACGAAGAUGAGGAUCACGCGCGGGAAAGUCUGGACUCUUCGCCGGAAAUCACGGGGGAGACCCCCCACGUGUUGCCCGGUUCGCUCGAAUCGCACAAAAUGUUCCAUAUGUCGCAUUCCAAAGAUCCCGAAAAGACGUCGGACGACGCCGUGAAAAGUCAGGUGUUCGAGGACAAGACAACGGAGAAGGAUUCGAUGCUCGCGAGCGUGAGAUUGCCCUUCCUGCACGGGGUCUUCCCGAGGGCACCCGGUGAUCAUCCAUCCUUACACCUGACGCAACUCGCACAUCCGUCCGCGCUACCGCCGCAUCUCAACGGUCUGCCCCAUCAUCCUAUGGCCGAGCAUCACUUCCAAGGAUUUUCAGCGUUCCUGGCGCGUAGGAGGAGAAAAGAGGGCCGACCGCGAAGACAGAGGACGACGUUCAGCGGCGAACAGACGUUGAGAUUGGAAGUCGAAUACCGACGAGGAGAGUACAUCUCGAGGGGACGUAGGUUCGAGCUCGCGGCCUCUCUUAGGCUCACCGAGACGCAGAUCAAGAUCUGGUUCCAGAACAGACGCGCCAAAGACAAGAGGAUCGAGAAAGCGCAACUGGAUCAGCAGUAUCGAAACUUUGCUGUAUCAAACGGCUUGAUGAAUCUGCCGCUCUAUAACGCCACGGGAUUCUGCGGCCUCUGCUUAUACAAGGAUACCUACGGAUCGGUAACCGCCAAUCGAGAUCACUCCUGCGUUCCUGGCAAUUCUAUUGUCAUCGCCGACGAAUCUCUAAAGGAUCAACCGCGUUACAGCAGCAGCGGAAGCGAAACGUCCGACAAUCCGCCGAAUCUCAUGUCCACGACUUAAUUGAAUCCAACGUGAUUUCGCUGUUCCUUUAAAAAUACAGCUGACAAUAAGUUAAAACUUUCUUUUUAUUACGCGAUAUAAAAGCGCGACUCUAACAAUCAGUAGUUUUCAGCACGAAUAAAAAUCUUCUCAUUAAUUCUUGUCAUAUUACGAGAAAAAUAAUAACCGCAAAAAAUACCUUUCACAUCCAGA